GCUUGACGCAGCUUCCUGUCUGGUUGUCCCCAUCAGCCCCAACAGAGAGGAGAGGAGGACAAGAGAGGAGGAGGAGGAGAGAAGAGGAAGAGGAGACAAGGAAAGAAGCGAGAAGAGAGGAGCAGGCUGCGGGAUCUCCUCACACCUCUCUGCGGACUACCCCCCACUCUGACCCGGGCUGUGUCCUCGCUGUGUCCCCGCUGUGUCCCCGCAUGGCUCCGGAUCCACCGGGAACUUAGAGACGUGCGGGUCUGCUGGUUAUCACGCACGCUCCGGAGCCCGGGCCCUGCUGCGGGUCCUGGCGGGUUUCCGCCCCGUCAAUGUGUGAGGAGGAGCGGGCGGAGCGCCGCGGGGACGCCGGGCUGUAGAGGACAUGUGGCCGCGGAGCGUGGCCGUGGGGGCGACUCUCCUCCUGGGGGCGCUGUGUGCAGGACUGAGCCAUGAGGACAACAACGUCCUGGAGUGUCUCUACUACAACGUCAACUUCGAGAUCGAGAAGACCAAUCAGAGCGGAGUGGAGCGCUGCGAGGGCGACCAGGACAAGCGCUCGCACUGCUACGCCUCCUGGAGGAACAACUCGGGAUCCAUCGAGCCGGUGAGGAAGGGCUGCUGGCUGGACGACUUCAACUGCUACGACCGACAGGAGUGUGUCUCCACGGAGGAGAGUCCUCAGGUCUUCUUCUGCUGCUGCGAAGGAAACACCUGUAACGAGAAGUUCACUCACCUGCCGGACGCCAUCGGACCACUGAUCAAGGCCCCGCCCCCCGGCGUUGGCGUGUUAGACGUGAUGAUUUACUGCUUCCUGCCUGUCACCAUGUUGUCUGUCACUCUGCUCACGGCCGUCUGGAUGUACAGACAUCGCAAACCUCCGUACGGACACGUGGACAUUACGGAGGACCCAGGACUUCCUCCUGCUUCCCCCCUGCUGGGUCUUAAGCCCCUGCAGUUACUGGAGGUGAGGGCCAGGGGGCGCUUCGGCUGCGUAUGGAAGGCCCAGAUGAUGAAGGAACACGUGGCUGUCAAGGUCUUCCCCAUCCAGAAUAAGGAGUCGUGGGAGAACGAGAGAGACGUGUUCACGACUCCAGGAAUGAGACAUGAAAACCUCCUGAGGUUCAUCGGCUCAGAGAAUCGAGGGAGUCACCUGGAGGCGGAGCUGUGGCUCAUCACGGAGUUCCACGAGAGGGGCUCGUUGUGCGACUUCCUGAAGGGGAACGUGCUCAGCUGGUCCGAGCUGUGUCACGUGGCCGAGUCCCUGGCGUGCGGCCUGUCCUACCUCCACGAGGACGUCCCCCCACAGAAAGGAGAGGGACCCAAACCAGCCAUCGCUCACAGGGACUUGAAGAGUAAGAACAUCAUGUUGCGUCUGGACCUCAGCGCCGUCAUCGGGGACUUCGGUCUCGCCGUUCUGUUCGAGCCGGGGAAACCACCUGGAGAGACGCACUGCCAGGUGGGCACGUGGCGGUACAUGGCUCCAGAGGUUCUAGAAGGAGCCAUCAACUUCCAGAGAGACGCCUUCCUGAGAAUCGACAUGUACGCAAUGGGCCUGGUGCUGUGGGAGCUGGUGUCCCGCUGCGAGGCCGCUGACGGUCCUGUGGACGAGUACAUGCUGCCGUUCGAGGAGGACGUUGGUCAACAUCCGUCACUUGAGGACCUACAGGAAGUCGUUGUCCACAAGAAGAUGAGACCAGUGUUCAAAGACAUCUGGCUCAAACACAGCGGCCUGUCUCAGGUCUGUGAGACGGUGGACGAGUGUUGGGACCAUGAUGCUGAGGCUCGUCUGUCGGCCAGCUGUGUGGAGGAGAGGAUCUCUCAGGUCCGCCGCCUCAGCGCCACCAUCGCUCCGCCGACCUCUGACCUCCGGCCCCUCUCCACGGUCACGCCUGUUCCCAUGGUAACCAACCAGAUGCCCAAAGAGUCGAGCUCAUGAGGAAUCGAACCGAAAUCUGGACGCCGGUGCUGAUUUCGUUUUUAAAUCCUGAAAUUCGGUUCAACUUUCUCUGAACAUGACACAGACACACACACAGACACACACUCCUUUACUCAGUGGAAUCUUCUGGAGACAAAGCAGCUGCUAUUUUUCGGAUCAGUUUUUUUACUCUUCAUCGUUUGGAGACAAACCAGCAUCGUCCUCGUCUUCUGAGGCGUCCAGGUCUCGACUCAGUGAUGGUCUUUUUCUCCAGGUACCUCAGAGACAACUUUUUUAAUUCUGCUCGUGCAUUCCUCAGCUGUCUCCACACGUCUGGAUCUAUCUCCCUAGCCCCCCCGGCCAGCUGUGGGGGGGUUUUCUACUCGACUGUUACUCAGCGACUGCAGAAGUUUGAAACUUGAACUGGGACUCUUUGUUUUCUACGGUUCACCCGCUCGACCACACGUCACAAACUCUCGGCUCCAACGGGAAUCAGAAGAAGAUCAAAACAACAUGGAGGUUUUUCCUUCUCUCAGAACUGGUGGUUAUAAUUUGAGGAUGCAGACUGACAGAGCUCUGACGGGAUUGGUUGUCUGGAGGUGAACGUCUUGCAUGCAGAGAUUUGAUUGGCUGACUGCUCCCAACCACAGCAUUUUGGUUGACUCGAAAAUAAAAACUUCUCAGGUAACCAGAUCUGGCGGGGGGGAGGGGCGUGUGUGCGUGUGUGCGUGACAGACUCACCUGCUCGACCAAUCAGGAGUCAGUCUCAGCUGUCAAUCAUCAUGUCUGUUUUUAAUCAUCAAAUAACUGAUCCAAACUGAUCAGAAACACUUGAACUUGUUUGGUCCCCUCUGCUAACAUGGAGAAGGGGGGGGACCCAGCCACCAGGGGGCAAUCCAGAUGUUUUGGCUUCAGUAUUUGGAGCCAUCUUUAUUCACAGUCUGUGGUUUGAACGGUUUGAGUGCAGAGGUCAGUGCUCUGAGGUCAAAGGUCGUCGACCAGCUGUGAAAACAAAGCACGAGAACUAUGUUGUUUUAAACAUGAAGUACUUUGAUGUAUGUUUGUGUUGUCGUCCCUUCUGUGAGGAACAUGUGACGUGAAUGUCUACGAUGCUGCUGCUGCUGAUGAUGAUGAUGAUGAUGAUGAAGAUCAUGAUUCAAACUCAAAGAUGAAUAUUUUUCUGUAUUUUCUUUUCCUUCGUUCGACCGUCGGUGCAUCGGACACGUGAAGCGACGCGUGUUCGAUCCCGGACGAUGAAACGAGGACUAAAGAAAAACGGUCAAAACGAUACUCAUGAAAUCCAGAUCACCUCAAUACACCAGAAAUACCUCAGACUUUUCUACGUCUUCUGUUUCUAGAUUUGAUUUGUUCUUUGUAGUCACAUGAUAUUUGAUUCUUUGUUUUUUAUGCUAGUGAAUGUCUUAAGUAUUGAAAUGUUUCCAGGUUACGAGUCUCACAGAUGCACAUUGUAAAUACUUCAGAAGAAUAAACGUGUUUUCAGACAUCAUAGAAACCCAGCUGGACCGGGCAGGUUCCAUUCCUCUUCUUCACCUCCCUUCUCCUUGCCUUUUUUGUUUUAUUUCUCAACCCGUACACUUGUCUCCUUAUCUUAGGCUCAACCUCGACUCUUUCCCUUGUUUCCUCCCCCAACUGUCUGUUGACUCGUUUCCUUUCACAAGUAUCUGUCCCCUUGUUCACUUCCUUGAGUCUCUUCACUGUUCCCUUGUUUCCUUCCUCACGUAUCUGUCCCCUUGUUCACUUCCUUGAGUCUCUUCACUGUUCCCUUGUUUCCCUCCUCAAGUCUCUCUUCCCUCGAUUCCUAUCUCGGGUCUUUCCUUGAAUCUCUGUUCCCUUGUUUGGUAUUUUGAGUCUCCUUUCCCUUGUUUCCUUCUCUCCUCUCCUGUCACCUCAUUGUUUCACUGAAUGUUCCUGACGCUCUCGUUCUUGUGCCUUUAUUUCACCUCAUCCUUUCAUCCGUCCCCUUUUCCCCUUCUUCACUUCACAUUUUGUCAUUCACGAAUGUCCAACUAACGAAUGUGCACGAAAAUAUGUUUCGAUGAAAACCGAUUGUAGGAUGAGAUCAACGUCUCUGGACUGAAUUUGUUUUUCAAAGAAACUAAACUUGCAAAAAUUUGCACAUGUAGCGGUUCUUCAGAAUCUGGAGACGUGACUCGUUCUCCUCAGACGGGAGGCCAGCAGCAGACUGACUCAGUUCCAGGUGUUUCCAGGUGUUUCCAGGAACAUAUUACCUCAUUGAAGCCACGACGUGUGUUAGCACAAUGUCGAAUUCAGCUAGCAUCGUUAGCACGCCACAGUGAAGCCAGUCGGGUGCUAACCCAAACGAAAAGGAACUACUGAUGAUACUGGUCUUAAACCAGUCCGGCUGCUAGCCCCCCCUCCAUCAUGUGACAUCAGACCCAAGCAGGACCCAAAGACCUGUGUCCUGUCCUCAUGUUCGUCUGACCCAGUGUCCACCACAGCCCGGGACUCAGCUAGCUCUCAGGAUGUCUCACUCAUGUAGAGAGCCCCUGAAGAAGAACCUUAGAAACGUGAAGAUUAAUAAUCGUGAAAAGAGGCGAAUGAAUGGCGUCAUGUUCACGCAGCAACAUGGCGGCACGUCAGAGCUUCCACUUCCUCCGGCUCACCUUCACGACUGUGUUCAGAGGAUCUCACUCUUUAUUAUAAAAACUAAAUAUGAUUGUAAAGAAAGUUGAAACAAAUCCAUUUGUUACCUCAGAGUGAAAAGUGAAGCUGAACAGAAACCAGGUGAAACUAAGAGACCAGUGAGAAACUCAGCGAAUAUUCAAGUUCUUCAGAUAAAUGAGGAAAAUGAGAAGUCACCUUCAAAGUCAUUUAUUUCAACAUCACGUCUCGUCUGAGUUUCUCUCUCUGGUGAGACGCAGCUCGCUGAUAUGAGAUAUGAGAUGAAGCAGCUAUCUGAUAUGAGAUAUGAGAUGAAGCAGCUAUCUGAUAUGAGAUAUGAGAUAUGAGAUGAAUCUGUUUCUCAUUCUGCUGACGGACACUCAUACGUCCUGAAACCAGAGGAUCCCUGGGACCAUGAGGUUGAAGAGAUUAUAGAGAAAACACACGAGAAUCAUUUUCAGCUUCUGAGCUUCAGUCAAAUUACAAAUUAAUCAUCUUCAGAUAUUAUUGAACUUGUCAGGACACGUUCUAUGACUCAUGAUGUCAGAGCUCAAAGUGAGAGGCAGCCAUGUUUACAAAUCGCUCCCCCGCUAGGAUGACGAGAAGAACAUGUGAAUAUUCUACGUUGUGUUUCACUGUUGUGUGUCGACUGUAGAAACGACUGAUUCUACAAAACAGAAAAAAGAACAAGUCUCUGUUUGACCUGGUUUUCAUUACUGUAAAUAACUGAAGCUGUUUUUUUUUUAUAAAUAAAUAUGUAUGUAAACGACAGAUGGAAGAAAUUCACCCCAA